UCCGUCUGUUUAAGUCAUCAGGUCCUGCCUUUCCAGCAUCUGGGAAUUGAACGCUGUAAAUCCAUCUACUUUUUAAAAUUCUCUGCAUAAAUUUCAAAGGACUGUAACUUGUUGCCUGCUUCAAGUCAAGCGGAAAACUAAGAUUCUUCAAUCCAAACAGCGGGGGUUGGUGUUUCAUUAUGUUCUCUUAUGUCUCUGGAAGAAGAGUCCUAAGCAUGGUGUCUCCAAGGCUGUUGACAUUUCUGCUUCUAACUCAAGUAUUUGGACAAGCCCAACGAAUGACUCAAGAUGCUUUGCUGAUGCAAUACAUUGAGAGGCGCAUCAUGAUUCUCGAGGACAGGCUAGAGAAAUGCAACCAAGACAUGAACAAGUAUGUCAGGGAGUUCCGAGAGUUCCGGAAAGAAAUCAUGUUCCGUUUGGACGGACUGAAUAUUUACAAAUCCGAGUUCAAGAAUGAGGUGGAGGUUCUGGGAUCCAGAAUUGAAAGGAUUGAAAAAGACAUUGAUUAUCUGGAGGCCCAACAACCUACACAACCAUGCCUGGAGAUUGACGAAAAGCUGGCUGAAGAGGAGGUCCAGCAAGAGCAGAAGAAAAAAGCCAAGUUCCGCAUGUCUUCAGAUUGCGAUAGUCUGCUCACGGGCAUCAAGUCUCUGAAGAUUGUGAAGAAAGCGGGUGACGUUCAGGGUUCCUGGAUAAAGGACCCAGCCCGGGAUUUCCAGAAGAUUUAUUUCUUCAGCGGGACCAGCGGCAGCUCACUCAUGGAGUUCACCGGGAUCAAGGCCUUUACUGAAAGCUCCAGGAGGCAGGCACCCAAGAGGUUGACCCUGCCUGUGGCUUGGCAGGGGACGGGACAUGUGGCGUACAAUGGCUUCCUCUACUUCCAUUCCAACGGCACGCUCAACCAGAUCAUCAAGUACAACAUCCGGAACGAGACGGUCAGCGACCGCAUGCUCCUUCAGGGCGCCGGUCGGGUUCCGGCCUAUCAGCUCUCGCCCUACACCUUCAUCGACCUGGCAGUGGAUGAGCAGGGCCUCUGGGCUAUCCACGCUGAGCCCGAGGACAACGGUGACGGGACCAUCGUGGUCACCAAGAUCGACCAGGGCAGCCUGGCGGUGGAGCACUCCUGGGACACCUCGUGCUCCAGCAAGGGGGCCGAGGCAGCCUUCAUGCUCUGCGGCACCCUCUACGUGGUCUACAACACCCACCACGGGGGCCGGUCCCACAUCCAGUGCCUCUACGACGUGACUGAUGUGGUGACAAGCGCUGAGCUCCCGGUCCUCUACUUCCCUAAGCGCUAUGGCAGGCAUUCCAUGAUCCACUACAACCCUCGGGAGCAACAGCUCUAUGCUUGGGACGAUGGCUAUCAGACGAUCUACAAGCUCAUCACAAAAAAGAAGCUCGAAAGCUCUCCGGCUUUCAAGUAACUUCCAACUUACCGUUACACGCGCUUACGUGAAGUGGCCCAAAUUACUGACCAAUGGCCAUCAUGCUUCUGACAAUCACUUUCGUAUAACUCCUCAGACCUGCAAUCCUUGCAAAAUUAUUCAUUAGUUGUGCAGCUUUAUACCUUUAAUUCAUUCACAACCCAUCCCUUGUUUAUGAUGCACUAGUUAGGAGUCUGAUGUAAUGCCCUCCACUGGACGGGUGCAGUACCCAACGGCUCUCGAGGAGCUCGACGCCGUCCAGGAUGAAGCAGCCCGCUCGAUCGGCGCCCCUUCCACCACCUUGUAUAUUCACUCCCUCCGCCACUGACUCGCGGUGUGUGAUGUCUGCAAAACGCACCGUGGUUACUCAUCCAGGCGACACCUGACAAAUCCGUGACCUCCACCACUGAGAAGAGCAAAGACACCUCCUGCCAGUUACACACCAAUGAGAACCUGGAAACGUAACGCCAUAUCUUCGACGUCACUGGGUCUGAAUCGUGGAACACCCUCCCCUACAGCACACCACACAAUCGCCACACAGACUGCAGCGGUCCAAGAAGGUGGUUCAUCCUUGCUCCUCAAGGAGCUUGGACAAUAAAUGUGGACCACA